AUGUCUUCAACAGUGUUGCGAAUAAUUCAUUAUGACCCUCUCAAAUCGAACAAGUAUGCAUUAUCCGUGCUGAACCAAGAAAAGGGUUUACCCAAUGUUAUUGAAUUGUUGGAUAAAGAUCCUGAAAAAGGGAUCGAAGAAUUUCGCCGAGAAUCUAAGAAUUCACGUGAUUUGUGA